GUUGUUUAGAACUAUCAGCCAAUUUGGUUUCGCAGGAAAAGACAGGAAAUUGUUCUUUGAAAUUGUUAAGCCUUCCACAGUAAAGCAUGUUUACGCCUGCCGAUUGUACAGAACGUUAUCCACCGUUUUAUAACAGUUUUAGACGCAACGUAGCAAACAGCAUGCAGUUGACAGCUAACAUUUCUGCUCUAUUGGCCCUAUUUUUGAUAUGCCAAUUAGUAACUUCAGCUUCUGGAUAUUUUAUAAGCUCUUCUUCGGAUUGCACAGAAUCAGUCAUUAACGGAAAGAAGCAUUCGGAAUGCAUAUAUAGUGGGACGGGUGAUAAGGCAGGGAAUACAUGCACCACAAAAUGUGUCGACGGCAAAUGUACUUCGAGUUGCGCCAAGUUGUCAGAAGGCGCAGACUGUUUGUCGUCGCUGACAGAUUCACAAAUCUUGUCGAUGAAAUUGAAAGAUAUUAUAGAGGUUUGCUCCGUGGGUAACGCUGAGACAGAUUCUUAGAUCAAACUUGAGUCAUAACUUAAAGAACUUGACAUUUACGACUAAAAGUCACGGAACUGUUUCUAUAAAUAUUCGGAUACAACAGCAGCUAUAUAUGUUUUGGUGUAUAAAACUGUGUACGGUAUAAUAGUCUAUAUUACGGAUCAACGUUAUAAACAUGUUAAUAAAAUGAUAAAAAGAUUAAUGCA